CGCAGGCAGGGCCGGCCGGCUCUGCCGCAGCGACUCAUCCCAUCGCUAAGGUCCAGUUAGCCAAGGUGGAGGAUGGGAAAAGAAUGGAACUGUCCCAGCUCCUCAAUGAGAUCAGGGCAAACUAUGAGCAGCUCCUCACCAGAAAUCAGAUAGAGACGGUGCUGUCAACACGGAUGCAGCUAGAGGAAGAUAUAACCAAAAAAAUGGACAAAGAUGGAGAAGCUCUGAAGGCAGCUCAGGCUGAACUCAAGGAGGCCCGCCGACAGUGCCACCACCUACAAGUGGAAAUCGAGUCUCUCCACGCUGUGGAAAGGGGGCUUGAAAACUCCCUGCAAGCCAGCGAACAGCAUUACCAGAUGCAGCUGCAAGAUCUGGAGUCGGUGGUUGGUGGACUAGAGAAGGAGCUGCAGGAAGUGAGGCGUGGCAUCGAGAGGCAGCUUCAAGAGCAUGAGAUGCUUCUCAACACGAAGAUGAGGCUGGAGCAGGAAAUAGCCACGUACCGUCGACUGCUAGAACAGGAAGAGAUCAGAUAUUAUGGUUGUAUCCAAGGAGAGAAAAAAGAAGAAAAGCCUACCAAAAGUAAAGUUGGCUUUCUUCUCCCCUCAGCCAUUAUAAAUGAAAUAUCUUUCUCGACAAAAGUCUCACAAAAGUAUGAAAGUGAAAAUAUGGAGACAGUGACCAAACAGGCAGUAGUGAACGGAGACGGGGAGAAGGAGGGCGCCCAGGCCCGCGGCACCAUUCAGACAGAGAAAGUGGAUGAAGUUAUAAAAGAAUGGGAAGGUUCAUUCUUUAAAGAUAACCCUCGACUGCGGAAAAAGUCCGUUUCUCUCCGGUUUGAUCUCCAUUUAGCAGCCACCGAUGAGGGCUGUUUAGAGAGCAGACAUGAUAAUCUGCCAGAUAUCGAAGUCAGACUUAUCAUGAGAAGAUCCUGUAGUAUUCCCUCCAUCAAACCCCCACCAGGAACCAACUAACUGGAGAGUGUAUUUAUCAAGGGCACUAGGAUGGGCCUACAUAGGCCAUACAGACCCCCAGACCCAAAUGUAAGUUAUUUUCCAUGGAUAGUGUUAAGACGCUGUGGGCUGAGGCUCUCUGCAGAGAACACACAAAAGGUGAUGCUGCUAGGACUCCAAAGAUGAGCAGGAUUGUUUUGUGUUUUGUUUUGUGUUUUGUUUUGAGAGGGGUUGCUUAAAAAUAAAUCAGAAAUCCAGUAUGGGUUCUGUUUUAUUUGUCAUCUAAAUUGUCCUUAUUCUGGCAAGCUUUAAGUAUUAAGGUGCCUUCAUUAAGUUUGUAAUUUUCCUCAAAGGCUGAACAUCCUAAGGAAAACAGAAUAGCUUGUUUGAAAACUGAAGAGCUACAGUGAGUUUCUCUCCAUGGUUCCAGGACCAGCUGAACCUAGAAUGUUCGACUUCUAAAAAGGCAGCAGCUAGGAACAAACGUUUAAGGAGGAGACUCCAUAUUCACUUAGGACUUUUCCUUUUGAGGCAAUCAUUUGAACCUUGGGAACUAGGAAGUGCUCCAUUCAUGAGCAAUUCUAAAUGAAUCGUAGAGCACACUCCAAGGCUCUUUUGAUUAUUAAUAAAAUUGGGUUACUCUAUAUCUUAAAGCUUUUUUCAAAUCAGUAUCAGGAGAGUCAGUUUGUUGAAAGAUAAAGGUUGUAUACACCACACACACUCCAGCUAUACAAACCUUUUUAAAGCACAUUGAAAAGGUGGUGACUCCAGUUACUAGGACAGUUACCCAGCUGCUCACCAGCUGCAAAUAAAGUGUGAGUAGUGUCUGCUAUGGGCCUCAGAGGAGAGAUUCUACAAACUCGGAGAAAUAGUCCUUGCAGUCAUUUCUGUGAACUAACAGCAUAGUAUUGCUAUCUGAGCUAAGAGUGUCUGCAGAACUUGUUUUUAAAUUGUUCAAACUGUAAUAAAUAGAGAUGUGAAAUAUAUUCGUGAAUAAGUGAAAAAUUGUUGCAAAGUUUUUUUCUGUUUUUUAAAAUUAUUUACUUACCAUACAUGUAUUCCUGCACACCAGAAGAGCGUGCCAGAUCUCAUUACAAAUGGUUGUGAGCCACCAUGUCUUUGAUGGGAUUGAACUCAGGACCUCUGGAAGAGCAGCCAGUGCUCUUAACCUCUGAGCCAUCUCUCUAGCCCCAUUGCAAAGGUUUGUUUUGUUUUUUAAAAAAACCUAAAUUUGUU